AGAUUUCUCUCUCUGUGUGUGUGUGUGUGUGUAUGAGAGAGAGACACUCCUUUUGCAGAGAGAGCGAGAGAGAGAGAGAGAGAGGGAGCGAGAAAGAGAGAUAGAGAGAGAGAGCGAGAAGUCCAGAAAGCGUUGGAGCAUUGAAAGAAGAAAGAAGAGUCGCUGCUGCUAGAUUUCUACACUCUACACCCCAAAACAAAGUGAUAUACUUUCCCUUUGAAAAAGUUAGAAAAGCGGCCAUGGACGGGACAACGCUUGGACGCACGUCGCUCUUGUGCACCUUGCUGCUCUGGGCAUUUCAAGUUUGUAGUGGAGGUGUGACCGUGAACGUGACUCCUAAAGUGGAGGUGCUGAAAGGAGAGACUGCCAAGUUGCCCUGCACAUACACCGUCUCACCAACACCCAGCAACACUGUCGUGGAGUGGUACAUUGAGGAGCAUGACACCAGGAAGCGCGUGGCUUUCUCCCAGGGUGGCGAGGGAAAAAGCGAUGCUGGCACCCUUCUGUCUGGGCGGGUCACUAUCGGAGAAGACUUCUCCUUGACCAUCACCUCGGUUCAACCCUCCGACGAGCUUGUCUUCUACUGCCAGGUCACCGCUGGCCUCUCUGGGGUCGGAGAUGCCGCCACUAUGCUCAAAGUCUUCUUUGCUCCUGAGAAGCCAGAACUCACAAAGCCGUCAAGUCAGGCCAUUUCUGUGGGAGAGACUAUCAGCUCUGAGAUUGGUACCUGUGUGACAAUGAACGGUCAUCCUCAGCCAAGAAUUAUCUGGUUCAAAGAUGACCAGCCCCUCCCUGAGGUCAAAGACAGGAAAGAGAAGACCAAUAUGAUUUCCUCGGUGGUGAAGGAGGCCUCUGGUCUCUCCACUGUCAAGAGCACCCUGUACAUGCAGCCCAAAAAGGCAGACAAGGACUCUGUGUUUCAGUGCACCGUGGAGUACAGCAUGCCAGGGGACCAGAUCAAACAGAAGAAGUCUGACCCCAUCACCCUCAACCUCAACUAUCCCUCUGAGAAAGCGACCUUUUCCCUUCUCAACACUGAUCCAAUCAAAGAGGGCGACGUUGUCACCAUGAAGUGUGAGACUGAUGGAAACCCUCAGCCUGAGUUUGACUUCACUAAAGAUGGAAAAGCCAUCGCUGGUCAGGGUGGUCUCCUUUUGCUGAAAUCUGUCAAGCGUACAGAAGGUGGUGUGUACAAGUGCACAGCCACAGAUUUCGAUAACCUGGACGCUGACCUGAGUGGAACCAUCACCCUCUCUGUCAACUACAUCGACCCAGUGAAUGUGACCCCUGCCGAACCUCAAGUCGUCAAGCUCGGAGACAACGUGGAGUGGCAGUGCAAGACCAAGGCCUCCGCCGGGCACACUGUUCAAUGGAAAAAGGGCUCCGAGGUGCUCUCACAGGACGGCAUGCUGUCAAUACAAGAGGUUUCCUACGAUAAAGCUGGAGAGUACAUGUGUGUUGGAGCCGUGCCAUCUGUGCCAGGACUGACUGCUCAGGCUAGUGUCAACCUCACUGUCAAAGGAAAGCCGAUGAUCGAGGCCCCCGUCAUUGGAGUGGUGGGGAUGGAAGGAGACACGGUGACUCUGAAGUGCGCCGUCUACGGCUUCCCUGUCCCUCAGUUCACCUGGAAGCCCUCAGGGAAAGAGUCGGUAUCAGUGAGAGGUAACAAGGCGGUGAGCGCCCUGACCCUGCAAGCCACAGCCGAGGUCAUGAAGGACGGGGUGACCUGCGAGGUCUCCAACGAGUACGGAACAGAUAGCAAGACCUUCCUGGUGUCUCUCAAGAGAGCAAUUGACUCGGCCGACAGAGCUGACAAGCAGCAGGGAGGCUCCAGCGGCGUGGUGAUAGCCGUGGUGGUGUGUGUUCUGCUGCUCCUGCUGAUGGUGGCUCUCAUCUACUUCCUGAACAAGAAGAGCAAGCUGCCCUGCAGCAAAAAGGACAAGAAGGAAGUUGCCACUGGAGAGGUGAACAACGACAUCGUGGUGGAGAUGAAGACAGACAAGGCCAACGAAGAGGCCGGUCUCCUCAACAAGAGACCCUCCACGGAACAGUGAUACAACGACAAGAUGAAAGUGGGAUGAAGGGAAGGAGGAGAACAGUUAUGAAGACAACAGGGCUACUUUUUAUUCACUCCCCAAGAUUGUGGGGGACAAGAGGAGGAACAUGGACAUUGGUUUGUUUUGGGGAUCUUGGGAGGCAUUGGUUAUGAUUGUUUUAUAACCUGGAGUACACCUUUUUGGAUGGAGUUUCUCCUUUUUGUUUUCUUUUUAGAGACUCCAUCCAUAUAUGCUACGCCAGGUUUAAAACCAUACUUGUGCAAAAUCACAAUGUGACAUCACUGGAUGACAUCAUUAUCGCGGCUUCUUUUUAAUUCUUCCUCGCCAAUCUUCGGUUGACUCCUCUGCAGAAUAGAGCUGAACACCGAGGCAUGGCGGACACAAUCCAGAUUCAGUGGCACAAUCUUUCUUUUCU